AUACGUAUUUUUUGUUAAUCAUUUUUAUUAAUUAUCGUUACGUAUUAUAUACAAAUAUUAUAUUGUUAGUAUCUUUAUUAUUUAUUUAAAAAAUAUAUAAUACAUACAGUAAGAGACUUAAGUAUUUGUACAGUACAAUAUGUAUUUCCAUAUUCUUAUUAUAAAUACAAAUAUUUAAAUCCCCUACUGUAUAUAUAUAUCUAUCUAUCAUUAUAGUACAAUCAAUUAUUAUUUAAACAAUACUGUAUUUAUUUAAACAUUACAUAGUUAUUAACUUACCUCGAAAAUAAAAUGACUGUAAUAUGAUAUUUCUAUUGAAGGAAAUUUCAUACUCGAAAUAGUUAUAGGCUGUGUUGUAAGAAUGAGAAAUCGAGAGACUUUGAAUUACUGAGUCAGUUUUCUUUUCUAUUUCAACGAAUAAACAUAGAAGCCUUCUCGGUCUAUACUCCCCUAAUUUCUAAGCAUUCAUAAACAAGUUAUGUCAAUAUGCUUGCUCUUCAAUAUGGACAAUUUGGAAAUCAGUUAGGACAUGCAUUAUUUUCAAAACUGUCUGCUGAUAUGGAUGCUGAGAAAACUGGAGUGCCAUAUAAUGUUAAUUAUAAUUAUAUUGAAGAGGUAUUUGAUAAAUGGUUUUCUGGCUUAACCAAAGAUGGAAAACGAUUAGCGAGAGCAAUUCUUGUGGAUACGGAGGAAAAAGUUAUAAAUAAAAUAAUUGAUAAUAAAUAUGAGAGCUGGACAUAUUGUACUAACAAUGCAUUUUAUCAAGCUGCUGGGGGCUCUGGUAAUAAUUGGGCAUAUGGGUAUAUGGAAAAAGGGAUUAGAUUUUAUGAAUUAGUAUCAGAUACUAUUCAAUGUGAGAUCGAGAAAGUAGACCAUUUGGAUGGUUUUCUUUUUCUCCUUAGUUCAGCUGGUGGAACAGGUUCAGGAAUUGGAAGUCAUAUCAUAGAAUUAUUACGAGAAGAAUACAAAAACAAAUCAUUUGUUAGCACAAUCAUAUUACCAUUCCUAUUUGGUGAAAUGAGUACGCAGAAUUAUAAUACUUUGUUAACUUUGGUCAAAUUUUUAGACAAUGCAGAUGCAGUUUUUUUAUUUGAGAAUGAAGAUAUUCAUUUUAUGCUUAAAAAUUUGUUAAACGUAGAUGUUAAAUUAGAAGAUAUUAAUGAUGUAAUAUCUAAAAAUUUAAGCAUAGCUUUUCAACCCAUAAGUGAUAUGCAAAAUAAUUUACAUUCUUUAAUGGCCAAACUAGUUGUAGAACCAUGUUAUAAAUUUGCAACUAUUAAAUCUGUUCCAUUUUUGUCUAUAUUUCCUGAAUAUAAUACAACUAAUACAUGGCAGUCAUAUUUGUACCAAUUGAAACGAAUGCUCAAAAUAUAUUCUACCACCUGUAAUAUAAAAUGUAAAAAAACAAAAAAAUUAUCUCGUGCAUCAUGUUCUACAUCAUCUUCAUUGUAUAGUCAUUCAAUAUCAAAUAUUUUGAUUACUCGUGGAAGUUGUACACAUAAAGACAUACAAACAGAUGAAUUACAAGAGAAAUAUUUAUAUGCAGACUGGAUUACAACUGAUCCAUUUACGCAUUUGCACCAACAACGACAUAUUCUAAAUCAUGAUAAAGCCUUAGCUUUACUUUCAAAUAAUUCUAAUAUUUAUCAUCCAAUUAAUGAAGUACUAGAUAAAGCUUGGAAUUCUUAUAUACAUUCAGCCUUUUUACAUCAUUAUAAAAAAUUUGGUUUAGAAGACGAUGAUUUUUUGAGAACGUUUGUAAAAAUUGAAAAUGUAUUAAAAGAUUACAAGGAAUUAGAUGGAAAAUAGGCUAACGACAAAUGACAGAAACCUAAAAUGAAACAAAUUAAAGAAAUUUGAUAUGAAAAGAAAAAGAAUUUUUAUAGUAUGUCUUUUGUCAUUAAGAUGAAUAACCGUAUGUAAAUGUACAGGAAAAAGUGAGUUUGUAAUAUUGAUUUUAUGUAUAAAUUUUAGAUAUAAAUGCAAAAUACUAUUUAAUAUAAUUACUAUUUAAUAUAAAAGUAAGACUUUUGGAUAUUUUUUGAUUUAUACAAUUUAUAUCUUAUGUUUAUGUGCGAAUAUAAGUUCAGAUUCGACAGCCUA